AUGGUGACCAAAAGCAGACUGCGCCUGGCGAUUGCCGCAGAAAAGGGUAUUGAUUUUAAAAAAUUAAAAGAAAAAAAGAAGCACAAAGAGAACCUGAAACGUAAGGGUGCGGCCACAGAGCUUGGUGGGGUUCCAGCAGCUCGGCGCGACGAAGGCGACGAGGAUGACGAUGCGCUUGACGGUCAUGUUGAUGUUGAGAGCGAAGGCGAUGACAUUGAAGAGAUGAACAUCGGAGCUGUAGACGAGACAGAUACUUCCGAUUCAGAAAUUGAGUUGGAGGAAAAAGUCAGCAGGCACGCAUCCGGAAAGAGAACAAACAACGAAUCGAAACAAGAAGACGAAGAAGGAGACGAUGACAGUGAAGAGGAUGAGGAAGAUAUUCCAAUUUCGGAUCUUGAAGAUCUCGAUGACGAAGACAAAGAGGACCUGAUACCACAUACCCGGCUCACGAUAAACAACACCUCCGCUCUCCAAGCAGCUCUCGAUCGUAUAUCUAUUCCAACAGAUAAAAGCGCAACUUUUGCAUCCCACCAGUCCAUUGUCUCUUCCGUCAAUACUGCCGAUUCUAUUCCCGAUAUCUCUGAUGACUUGCAGCGUGAGCUUGCCUUCUAUUCGCAGUGUCUGGACGCCGCCAAGGAAGGUCGCACAAGACUUCUAGCUGAAGGCGUACCAUUUUCUCGUCCAAAGGAUUAUUUCGCUGAAAUGGUCAAGGAGGACGCCCAUAUGGAGAAAGUCAAGGCUAAGCUUAUUGAAGAGGCUUCCGCCAAGAAAGCCGCUGCUGAGGCACGCAAGCUGCGUGAUUUGAAGAAGUUUGGUAAACAAGUCCAAGUAGCCAAGCUUCAAGAGCGACAAAAAGCAAAGCGAGAAACCCUAGAGAAGAUCAAAACACUUAAGAGAAAACGCCAAGAGUCAGGCAAUGAUAUGAAUACCAACGAAGCGGACCUUUUCGACGUCAGUGUUGAUAAUGAGCUUGCUAGCCACGCACAAAGCAUGGGCUCUUCUCGAGGAGGCCCAUCCGGCAAAGGCGUAAACGCCAAGCGUCAAAAGAAGAAUGAAAAGUACGGAUUUGGUGGUAAGAAGCGACAUGCCAAAUCCGGAGAUGCUCUGAGCUCCGGAGACUUGUCUAGCUUCAAUACGAAGAAGAUGAAAGCUGGUUCAAGAGGAAAGCCAAAGGCAUCAAGGCCUGGCAAGAGCAGGCGCAAGGCUAUGUCGUCAAAAUGA